AUGUACAAAUCUUACCAAUUUUACCCCCUUGUUUUUUAUCUUUUAUUGAGUGGUUUCUCUGUUGUUUUGAUUGAGCAUGUUUGGAGGUGCAAAGAAUUUUUUCCCCCUCCUUUUUUUUCUUUUUUCAUUCUGUGUCUUGAUCAAUAUAAUUUGGGGUGUUUCCCCCAUGUAUAUUUUAUUUGGAUACUGGGAGGGAUGCAUUUUUUUUCUUUUUUCUUCUUUGGUCUUACUUUGGUUUUUCUAAUUUUUUGGGAACUUUGUACUGCAUGGGUAGCUGACCUCUUAACGCCUACCCAUGCGAGACUCCUAUCUCUUCUCCCCUGUUUCCCCGUCGCAUGGAAGGGAAAUGAAGUUGGCUGCACCAAUUUUUUCUUCCCUCCUUUUCAUUCCUAUCGCAGUAUUUUUUUUUUUUUUGCUGCAGGGAGGUGUAAGAGGGAGUUGUGGCGGUACAGAGUUUCAUUCGAAAAGAACUGCAGUUGGAACGGUAGAGAAGAGGAGGAAGAAGGAUAUUUGUUUGUGGCAGCGGCAGUGGGAACCGCAACAGGUAAAUGGGGGUAA